AUGAACGCAGUAGAUGCGACAGAGCACCAUGGAACCAGUGCAAAUGACCCUGCCCCCUCCCUCCUAGCUGUCAUAAUCGACACAAACCCACACGCAUGGGCUCUCCUGGAAAAAUCUCUCCCAUUAUCCAAAGGAAUAGCCAACAUCCUUGUCUUCAUAAAUGCGCAUCUAGCCUGCAACUACGCCAACGAGGUAGCCGUCGUUGCAUCGCACAGCCAAAAAGCAACAUGGCUGUAUCCGCACGAGAACCAGCCACAGCAGCGGCAGCCACGCACCGAUCAAGAUGGCGACAUCUCCAUGAACAACAACAACAACAACAUAGUCGGUGAAUCUGCGCAAGUAAACAAGUACCGCCCAUUCCGUAUCGUGGAGGAACAGGUCACUAGAAAUUUACGCGAACUCAUGGACUCGACCACCAGCGCUGAUGUCCAGGCCACAACGGCGACCAUGAUGGCCGGCGCACUGACUCUGGCUCUGAGUCACAUCAAUCGACGGAGUAUUGCAUGGGCAGAGGUGCAUGGUGCUGAUACAUCGGUGACGGAUGCGACUCAGACGACAUCUAGCGGCCGCAGCGGUGGUAGUGGUAGUGGUGGUAGGGCGGUGACUGGAUCUGAAGGCCUACAAUCGCGCGUCUUGAUCAUUUCUGUUAGUGGAUCAGCCGACUCCGCCCAUCAGUAUAUCCCUAUGAUGAACGGGAUCUUCGCCUGUCAGCGACUUCAUAUUCCCAUCGACGUGUGCAAGUUAAGUGGGGAUGCGGUCUUUCUUCAGCAGGCGUCUGACGCAACCCGAGGGGUGUACAUGUCCUUGUCUGAGCCACGGGGCUUACUGCAGUAUCUGAUGAUGGCGUUUUUACCGGAUCAGCGCUCCCGGAGACACUUGGUACUGCCGAGUCGUGUUGAUGUCGACUUCCGUGCUGCAUGUUUUUGUCAUCGCCGCGUGGUCGAUAUCGGGUUUGUCUGUUCCAUCUGCCUGAGCAUCUUCUGCGAGCCUCCGGAGAAUGGGAACUGUCUUACUUGUGGUACCCACCUUGAAAUGAGCGAGUAUGGGGCCAAGCCGGCCGUGGUUGCUCGGAAAAAGAAAAAGAAGAAAGCGCGUGCCAAUGGUCCAUCAGGAACAGCUACACCCACACCGACGUCUACUCCCGGUCCUUGA